CUACGUGCACGAGGUGCAGCCUAAGGACAAAACAAGCCAAUCUGAAAUAAUUUCUUAGAUAUGUAGGUGACACACAUAAUGUGAGUAAGCAGAUUAAAGCGUGCUUACUGUCCGUAGAGUUAAUGUAAGCAGCGCGUGCAGCAGCAGGGAGGUGAACUUGAGUGAGUGGAGACGCCCACACAGACUGAAGACGCGCUAUAAAACACGAGUGUCAGUGGGGAUCCUUUACAACCUUCAAGCCACCAUGAAGCAGCCACACGGAUCCAGACAUGGGAAAUACUCUGCACGGGACCUCGACGUGUUGGACUUUAUCAAAAGGAAACAUGAGUUCUGAUCUUAAAGAAAAGAUGUUUUUUCAUCUGUUUGCGAACUUUGCUGAAAUUGUUUCAUAGAGCCUUUUUUGUGGAGUAUCUCUGGAUAUCUGUUUGACGUGGAAAAGUAUCUUCUGUGGGUUUUUUUCAGCUGGACUGAGACUGCAGUGCCUCCCUAAACUAUGGACCUCAGGAGCUCCAGAGUUCAGUGAUGUUCGCUCUGAGCCACUACAACUCUUCAGCCUCCCCGCUCCUCGCUCGUUUCUCUAAUGACAGCGGAGGGAAGAUGGAGGCCAGCGUGGCUUUCGAGGGUCUGCAGAAGGGGAACCGUACCUUGGUGCAGCCCACCACCAGCGGAGUCAUUGUGGUCGUAUUGUCCAUGACCCUGGGCAUCAUCUCCAACAUUGUGGCUCUCUUCAUCCUGGUGAAUGCCUACGCCCUGCAGCGGCGGCGCACCAAAGCUUCGUUCCUUCUGUUUGCCACUUCACUUGUGAUCACAGACUUCAUUGGCCACGUGAUCCCCGGCGCCCUGGUUCUCCGACUCUACCUCUCUGGAGGCGUGCACCCCGUAGACUUCAGCUCCUCUGACACCAUGUGUCAGUUCCUGGGCGGCAGCAUGGUGUUCUUCGGCCUGUGCCCCCUCUUCAUGGGCUGCGCCAUGGCCGCCGAGCGCUGCCUGGGUGUCACGAAGCCUCUGCUGCACUCGUCCCUGGUAACCAAAACCCGCACCAAGAUCUGCCUGUCUGUCAUCUGGCUGGCGGCUCUGUGUGUGGCCCUGCUGCCCUGCUUCCAGCUGGGCUCCUACACCUACCAGGAGCCAGGGACCUGGUGUUUCAUUAACGUGCUCAGUGACACUCGGGAGGUGGACGUGGCGUUCGUGGUGCUCUUCUCUGGACUCGGUCUGACCUCUCUGGCUGUGGCGCUGGUGUGUAACACCAUCAGUGGACUGACGCUGGUGCUGGCUCGGCUCCGGAGGCAGCCCGGCUCACAUCACUCAGCCAAGUCCCACGACAUAGAGAUGGUGGUGCAGCUGGUCGGCAUCAUGGUCACCUCAUGUAUCUGCUGGAGCCCUCUGCUGAUGUUCGGCCUGAUGUCGGCGAUCCGCUCCUACACAGGAUCCAUCGGGGAGAUAGAUUUACCCAGCUAUAAAACCCUGAUGGUGAUGGGCGUGAGGCUGGCCACAUGGAACCAGAUCCUCGACCCCUGGGUCUACAUCCUGCUGCGGCGCACCGUUCUCCGCAAAAUCUACCUCAUCGCUAAGUGCCAGGCAGGACUGAGGGGCAAUAUAUUAGGCCGCUGGGAGCCCACGUCUUUUCCCAGCUCCGAGAAGAAUGAAGUCAACCACGUUUAAGCUGAGAGAAAGACUUUGUCACCAGGUCAUUGAACUCACCACGACUCACUUGCCAUUUAGAAGCAUGUGGAAGGAACUGUGGCUGUGAUAGUGGAGCCAAUUUCAUGGCUGGUCCACUUUAUGAAUGCUUCAACGAUCCAUUGAAAAUAUCUCUUUCAUACUCUGUCAAAGUUUACCAGUGACUUCAAUGUCUGACCUUACAAAUGGAAGCUAGCUAUGCUAUAAUUUUGCACAUAACGUUUCUACUGUUUACUUAUAAUAAGUGAACAUUCCUUAUUCUUAUUGUACUCAUUUGGGAACUCAUAGUAACAAAGGGCAGAAAGAGGUGGGAGAACAGUACGGCUCUACAAAGUCUAACUGCAGUAACUACAUUUGAGUGAAAUUGAGUUAUAACUAAAAAUGAACUCCUUGUUGUCUGUUUUAUCUUGUUGACUAAAGAUUUCGAUUUCAAUUUUGCUCUAUUUCAGAGAAAUAAUGAUGUAAAAAUUGCAGUAACUACAAAAUCCAACUUAAAACCAAAACAAACCGCAGUAAUUGCACUUAACACGGUCUGAUUUG